GCGUAAUCUCUAAUUAUAAUGACAAUCACGGUACCGGGCCUACUUGUACGAUCUUGGUAGGUUAGCAUACGUGUUUAAUGUCUCCUUGAAUGGUAAUGGGACUGCUAUCUGAAGGGACUCCACUUACGUGGGAAGAAACUAAAAAAUAUGCGGAUCAUGUGCGAUAUCAUGGAGUACAACAGUUUAUCAACUUACAUAAGCGACUAAAAGAUCGCAAAGGUGAUGUCCUCAAAUGGGGCGAUGAGGUUGAGUAUGUUCUAAUCCGUCUUGACCCUACAACUCAAACGGCUAAGGUGAAUUUAAAAAGUCUUGAAAUUCUAGAGCUUCUAAAAGAGUAUAAGAACAAGAAUGAAUUUAGUCAUCCUUAUGCAUGGUCUCCGGAGUAUGCUGACUUUAUGGUUGAAGGAACUCCUGCUACGCCGUAUGGAGGAACUUUGGCACAUGUGAACACUGUUGAAGCCAAUAUGCAGUUAAGACGUCAAGUACUAAGGAGUCUAAUGGAUGAACAGAUGGGAGAGAUACCACUGACUUUGACAUCCUAUCCAAGACUAGGCUGUGCUAAUUCUUCACAUCCAAGUUAUGAACCAAACCCGAGUGAAACCAGCGUAUUGAAUUCAAUCUUUAUUCCAGAUGAAAUAAUAUGCAGUUCUCAUCCAAGAUUUAGAACAUUCACAAGAAACAUUCGGAAGAGAAGAGGUGAGAAAAUUUGCAUAAAUGUGCCAAUUUAUAAGGACCUAAAUACUCCAUCACCUUUCAUCGAGAAGUUCUCAAAUGAUUUUGAUGGCGAAUCUGCCAGAGUAGCUGCUGUAGACCACAUCUACAUGGACGCCACUCCUUUUGGACUUUGCAACUCGUGCUUACAAAUGACAUUUCAAUGCUACUCUAUAGAAGAAGCGAGACUCUUAUAUGAUCAGCUUAUUCCACUCUGUCCAAUUAUGAUGGCGCUGUCAGCUGCUUGUCCAUUUUUUCGUGGGUUUGUGUCAGAUAUUGAUUGCCGUUGGUAUGCUUCGGUGGCAUCAGCUGAUGAUAGAACAGCGGAAGAAAGGGGGCUCAAGGAACUCAACGAAAGUAAACAUCGAAUUUACAAGUCCAGGUUUGACUCAGUUGAUAGCUAUUUGUCAGAAUCCAGUGAACGAUACAAUGACAUCGAUUUAGUCAUUGAUAAAGAUGUAUAUAAGCGACUUAUAGAUGCAGGAAUCGAUCAGUCCCUGGCGCGACACAUAUCCCACUUAUUUAUCAGAGACUCUGUCUCCAUAUUCUCGGAACAUAUUCACCAAGACGACUCACGUGAUUCAGAUCAUUUUGAGAAUAUCCAAUCAACCAAUUGGCAGACGAUACGAUUUAAACCACCGCCAGUCAACUCUACAAUAGGGUGGAGAGUGGAAUUCAGACCAAUGGAUGUUCAGUUGACAGACUUCGAGAAUGCUGCAUAUGUUGUCUUUCUUCUUCUUAUAACAAGAAUAAUUUUGAGUUUCAAGCUAGACUUUCUUAUGCCUAUAUCUAAGGUUGAUGCAAACCUUAUAGAAGGUAAUAAAAGAGAUGCUGUUUUAAAUGGGAAGUUCUAUUUUAGAAAAGAUGUACGUACAUGUUCUAAGGAUUGUAAAAGUAAGAGCGCUGAUGAGUAUGCAUUAAUGGAUAUUAACACAAUUAUUAAUGGCGGUCCUUUAGAUGGCGAAGCAGACGUCCCUGGUAUUAUACCUCUCAUAAAUCAGUACCUUCAAUCAGUCAGUAUCGAUGUGGACACAAGAUAUACUAUAUUAGCUUACCUCAAUCUGAUAUCAGACAGAGCUGCUGGUAAACUGAAAACAACUGCUCGCUGGAUGAGAGAUUAUGUGAGGCAGCAUCCUGACUAUAAACACGAUUCAGUUAUCACGGACAAGAUUAAUUAUGACCUAUUGACCUUAUGUAAUGAAAUCUCAAAAGGUGUGCACCAUCCUGAAGGGUUGCUUCACAAAGUGUCAUCGCGUACGAAAGUUGAUCUUCCAUCAUCUCUGAAGAAACAGGUUGACCAGGAGAAUGCUACUAUACUCAAGCAUGAGAUGGCAAUGAGAUCAAAGUUUUGGCCAGAAUUAAAUAAUGAUAAUAAUGUAGAAGCUAAUUAAUGAGCUAGUUAAGGAGAACUUAAAUCGAUAAAAGUAUCUUUCGUAUGACCUAUACAUUAUGUGUUAUUGAUGUCAAAUCUUGUGUGUGUUAUUGAAAAUUGUUUGAAAUAUUGACUUAACUGUGUUGAAUUUCUGAAUUGAAUAAAUGAGAACUUAAAUUAAAUUGCUAGAUGUAUCUUUCGUAGGACCUAGGACCUUUUGCAGGUUAUUAUAUUAAUGAUAUCAAAUCCUGAGUAUGUGUUGAAAUUCUAAAUGCAAUAAAUUGAUUGUAUCACGUUAUACUUCA